AUGCAAAGCAACAACAUACCAGACUCCGCUUUAAGGGCAUCUACGUCAUACAAUGUAAAUUCCAUGGGACCAAAAAACGGUCGAUUACAUUUUCAGCCAUUAUCAGGCCAGUACGGAGCUUGGGCUGUCUCCAAAAAUAACGAGUUCCAAUACUUUGAAGUGAACUUUGGUGAUUGGGCUAAGGUUAGGAAGGUGGCAACUCAAGGAAGACAGGAUGGAGCGUGGUGGGUAAAGAGCUACACUCUUAGCUACAGCUAUGAUGGUGUGUUCUUUGAGGAAUACAAGGAAGAUAAUGGGGUCAAGGUAUUUACGGGAAAUAGCGAUCAAUACUCAGUGGUGAUACACACUUUGAAGAAUCCGAUCAUAACCCGUUACCUUCGUAUCAAGCCCAAGACUUGGAAUAGCUACAUAUCACUACGAGCAGAGUUCUAUGGAUGCAGAAAAGGCUUUACACCUCCGGAAAUCAAAUGCCGGGAUUCACUUGGUAUUGAAAGCGGCAACAUUCCAAGCUCCGCCAUUGUGGCAUCAUCACAGUACAAUCAAUAUUAUGGACCUGACCGCGGCAGACUUCGAACAGAAGGAGAGGGAAGCUAUGGAGGAGGCUGGGCUGCGCAAUACAAAGAUGUUAACCAGUUUCUACAGUUUGACUUGGGUAAGGUUACCAAAGUGACAGCCAUCGCUACUCAAGGUCGAUCGGAUGCUGAUUGGAUAGUGACCAGCUACACUCUGGCAUACAGUGUUGAUGGCGGGUCUUUUACACCUUACGGCGAAGGGGACGGUCAGGUAUUUACCGGCAACAACCUUGACAGAAAUGAACCCGUUGGUAACAUUAUCGAUCCACCCAUCAUCGCCCGCUUUGUGCAAAUUCGUGUGAAAACCUGGAAAGGACAUAUCAGCAUGCGUGCUGAGUUUUAUGGAUGCACAGAAGGUUUCCCAAAGCCAAAGCCACCAGUGUGUUUAGAUGCCCUAGGAAUGCAAAAUGGAAGAAUUCCAGAUUCGGCGAUAACGGCCUCGAGUGAAAACAAUGCUGCAUACAAGGCCAUAAAUGGCAGAUUGCAUUUCCUGCUUAGAUCAGGGAGAUAUGGAGCGUGGGCAGCGAAAACGAAUGACGUCUUCCAGUAUCUUCAAAUAAAUUUUGGUGAUUGGACAAAAGUAACUCGAGUUGCUAUUCAAGGAAGACAAGAUGCCGAUCAAUGGGUGAAAAGCUUCAGCCUUUCGUAUGGCUACGAUGCCGUGUUUUUCAAAGAUUAUAAAGAGGAUGGUGUAAAAAAGAUAUUUCCCGGAAAUAAUGAUCGAUAUACACCUGUCACUCUCGAUCUGGAAACGCCCAUCAUUACUCGCUACAUUCGUAUUCAUCCAGAAACGUGGCAGUCUCAUAUUUCAAUGAGAGCUGAGCUCUAUGGUUGCAGAAAAGGAUUUGAUCCACCAAAACUGAAAUGCCAGUCAGAACUUGGAAUAAAAAGUGGAAAAAUCCCAGACAGUGCUAUUACUGCUACCACAAUCUAUAAUCAGUACACUGGUCCAGAACGCGCCAGACUUGAUACGGUGAAGUCAGGGAGCUUCAUAGGAGCGUGGGUUCCCAGGACACAGGACAUUGGACAGUGGAUUCAAGUUGAUCUUGGAAAAGUUACGAAGAUCACACGUUUAGCAACGCAGGGGAGACAAGAUGCAGCUCAGUGGGUGAAAAGCUAUUCCAUCAGCUACAGCGUCAUUGGAGGUCCAUUCCUUCCUUACAAUGACAACCAGGUUCUCUUUGGGAAUAAAGACUCCAAUACAAUCGUUGGACACAUUCUCAAUCCAGAAAUCAUUGCGCGGUACAUACGAAUCCACCCCAAAGAGUAUAAAAGCUACAUGGCUCUACGAUUUGAACUUUUCGGAUGCACAGAAGGCUUCCUUAUUCCCCCAGUGCCCCCUUGCCAGAUUCAACUGGGAAUGCAAAACGACAAACUACCAAAUUCAGCCUUAUCAGCGUCCUCACAGUAUAACAGUGAUACUGGGCCUGAAAAUGCCAGGCUUCACUUCUAUGCGGAAAGUGGCCGCCGGGGAGCCUGGGUAGCACAGAAGCAAAACCACUAUCAGUGGCUUCAGGUUGACUUUGGAGUCGAGACAGUGAUCACACGAAUCGCCACCCAAGGUCGACAAGACUAUGGAUACCAAUGGGUUAAGGAAUACACACUUAGAUACAGCGCUGAUGGAUCUUACUUUAAACAUUACCAACCAUCUGGAUAUACCAAGGUGACUUUUUGUAAUAGCAAAUUUGCACGAUAUCGUCAUUAUUCAGUGGACGGAGGUUAUGGCCCGUGGCAAGAGUGGAGCGAGUGUUCUAAAACUUGCGGAAGGAAACCAGGCACAAAGAGACGUGUUAGAUUGUGCAACGAUCCCGAACCACAGAAUGGCGGUAAAAAUUGCUCAAGCUUAGGGGAUGACAGCGAAACCGUACCAUGCAAACCGAAAUCAAAAAGAUGUCCCGUGGAUGGUGGGUAUGGAAAGUGGGGCAAAUGGAGCAAAUGUACCAAGGCUUGUGGAGGUGGAACACAGAAAAGGUCCCGUAUAUGUAACAGACCUGUACCAGGAGGAGGCGGCAAAGACUGUGAUGUACUGGGACCAAGUCAGGAAACCCAGGAAUGUAACAUACAGAGCUGUCUCUGGAAGCCAGUCGGGUGCUAUAAGAUGAUAUCCAGGGCGCUUGAUAGAGUCCUUGUAAGAGGUGGAAACAUACCUUCCAAUAGCAAGAGAUUCCAAGCCUGCGUGGAAAGAGCGGAUGAAAAAGGAAUCACUUUGUUUGGUAUGGACGAAAAGAGGUGCUGGACCAGUGAUGACGCUGAGCAAUCGUACGACAGAUUUGAACCAUCGGGGGAUUGCAAGAAAAAGAAUGGCAAAGCUAGUGGCUUCACGGAAUCACUCACCGUAUUUGUAUAUCAGAAAGAUAACCAAGGUGAAUGGUCAGAGGUUAGCUGCGUCUUAAAUAGCGGACCUCGGGCGUUGCCCAAAUCUUUCGGCGAAGAUAUCAGGAGCGUAACGGGCGACAAUGCUAUGUUUGAGUAUUGCAAAUCGGAGGCUGAAGCGCUUGGUUAUAAAACAUUUGGUGUUGAUGACAAGGCGUGCUGGUCUGGUGACUCGGCUGACGAGACUUACGACGAUAACGGUAAAUCCAGAAAGUGUUCCGUGACCGAGAAGACUGGAAACGGCUCUGGAAGGGACAUAAAUGGCGACAUCUUUGUCUAUCAACUUGAGGAAUGAAGUAAGAGCAUUAAGAAGCAAUAUAUCAAACAC